GAACUCGUGACUUUCUGGUCCAGAUUCGUUUUUUUCACCUCGCCAUCCGCGGAAUAUCGCUUCACCGUGGCGCGCUGGCCAAAUGUUCACAUGGAUAAGGUGGGACAGCCUAUGAAGGUGGAACUGCAGGAUUGGACCCACAUGGAGGUAGCGGUACCGAAGUUGUGCAACACAGAAGAUGCGUCGGUCAAUGUCGCGAUGAAAGCGGUGGCCAAGCUGGUGAAAGUCCAAAAUGGCGACAUUUUUGUGGCGGCCUGUGAGGCUGAGCCGAAGGGUCCUGCCAUCCAGGACGCUCCACCUUUGGAGCAUCCGCCGGGGCUUUUGCAGAACCGUGGCAGUUUGGGGCAUCCGGAAAUGUGCCAAAGGCCUUGUGUCUACAUCUCAGCUUACGGUACACCUUGCCCACAUGGAGAUGCAUGCGGCUACUGCCAUUUCACCCAUACCGAGAGACGCACCACGCUUGAUAAGAGGCAGCGAGAGUUUUUGCGGGCACUGAAAGAACAGCAACUCAUCAGUGUGCUUCUGCCCCAUUUCCAAGCCAAGUUGACCUCGGGCAAGGUGCCUUCCGCUGCGGCAGAUGUCGUGGAGUACCUACAGCGCCGCGCAAAAAGUCACGUUGGAAGCGCGGCGGGGAACUCCAUACGUCCUGAGGUGCCAGAAAGCUUGGACGCUGUCUUGGGGCAGAUGAGCUUUUCUUGGCUGGUGAGUCUCUUUCCUUUCAAGAAAGAUCCGUCCUUUGUAGAGACGCUCGACCGGUUGCUGCUUGCCUAUGCUGCCGGUCGGACAUCGCUGUGACGUCCGUGGCAUCGUAAAGCAGCGUUUGUCGGCAGUUGUAAUCUGUCGUUGCCCAAAAAGCGGGGUGAACGGUACAUGGGGAACUGGAUGGGCUUGAGUCGCC